AUGUCCUCGCCGCCAAAGGAGAAAGUGGAGAUGAAAGGAGGACAUCUUCCUGCAGUGAAAGCCGGAGGCAUGAGGAUAGUGCAGAAGCACCAGCCGACUCCAAUCCCAGAACCUCCUCAGAAGACCGAGGAGGAGGAGGAAGAGUAUGAGAGCAGCAGCCCACCAAAGCCUGCAGUCAUUGUCUCUGGAGUGGUUACAAAGGGAGAUAAGGACUUCACACCUGCAGCUGCCCAGGUGGCCCACCAAAAGCCCGCGCCGGGAGUCCCAAAGCUGCCCCCCGCCCAGCACCACAACCAGCAAAUCCACCAGCCCCGCAAGUGA